AUGCCGCCAUCCCGAGCGGCCGCACUGAGCACAAUUCCCGCUGCCCAUUGGCUGUUACCUAGACAACGGGGAACAACGCCACUCCCCAUUGGCCCAUCCCGCUUCCGCGCCAUCUUUAAAGUGACUGGAGAAAAAUGCGGAGGCAUCGAUUGCGUAGGAGCAGGUUCUGAUUGGCCACUGUGCGCGCCCGAGGGGCCGUGCCUACUCGUCGCCAACUGCGAGCUCGGCUGUGUGCUGCGCGCCGGGUCUGGAGCCGGCGGUCUGAGGGAUGGACGAGAAGAGCCCUUAAUGUCCCCCGAGAGGGUCCAACCCCCGGAGUACACCUUCCCAUCGGGCUCUGGCACUCACUAUUCGCAGGUGCCGGGGGGCGCGGUCCGCGUGGCGGUGGCGGCCGGCUCGGGCCCCUCUCCGCCAGGCUCGCCGGGCCACGAUCGAGAGCGGCAGCCCCUGCUGGACCGGGCCCGGGGCGCGGCGGCCCAGAGCCAGACCCACACGGUGGCGGCACAGGCCCAAGCCCAGGCCGCGGUGGCGGCGCACACCGCGCAGGCCCACCGCGAGCGGAACGAGUUCCCGGAGGACCCCGAGUUCGAGGCGGUGGUGCGGCAGGCCGAGCUGGCCACCGAGCGCGGCAUCUUCCCCGAGCGCAUCUACCAGGGCUCCAGCGGAAGCUACUUCGUCAAGGACCCUCAGGGGAAGAUCAUUGCUGUCUUCAAACCCAAGAAUGAAGAGCCAUACGGACACCUUAAUCCUAAGUGGACCAAGUGGCUGCAGAAGUUGUGCUGUCCCUGCUGCUUUGGCCGUGAUUGCCUUGUCCUCAAUCAGGGCUAUCUUUCAGAGGCAGGGGCCAGCCUGGUGGACCAAAAACUGGAACUCAACAUUGUACCCCGUACAAAGGUAGUAUACCUGGCCAGUGAAACCUUCAACUAUAGUGCCAUUGACCGAGUGAAAUCCAGAGGCAAGCGGCUUGCACUAGAGAAAGUGCCAAAAGUUGGGCAGCGAUUUAACCGCAUUGGGCUACCACCAAAGGUUGGUUCAUUCCAGCUCUUUGUCGAAGGCUACAAAGAUGCAGACUACUGGCUGCGGCGUUUUGAAGCAGAACCUCUCCCUGAGAACACUAACCGGCAACUGCUGCUGCAGUUUGAGCGGUUGGUGGUGCUGGACUACAUUAUCCGCAACACUGAUCGAGGCAACGACAACUGGCUGAUUAAAUAUGAUUGUCCAAUGGAUAGUUCUAGCUCUCGGGACACUGACUGGGUGGUGGUGAAGGAGCCUGUUAUCAAGGUGGCUGCCAUAGACAAUGGGUUGGCUUUCCCACUGAAGCAUCCUGACUCCUGGAGGGCAUAUCCUUUCUACUGGGCCUGGUUGCCCCAGGCAAAAGUCCCAUUCUCUCAAGAGAUCAAAGAUCUGAUUCUUCCAAAGAUAUCGGACCCUAACUUCGUCAAGGACUUGGAGGAGGACCUCUAUGAACUCUUCAAGAAAGAUCCUGGUUUCGACAGGGGCCAAUUCCAUAAACAGAUUGCUGUCAUGCGGGGACAGAUCCUAAAUCUGACCCAGGCCCUGAAAGACAACAAGAGUCCCCUGCACCUAGUCCAGAUGCCUCCUGUGAUUGUGGAAACGGCCCGUUCUCACCAGCGAUCUUCCAGCGAGUCCUACACACAGAGCUUUCAGAGUCGGAAGCCUUUCUUUUCAUGGUGGUAGCCCUAGAGGCAGGCAGAGGAAAUCCUGCAUGAGGCAGAGCCUGGGAGGAAGCCAGAGAAGCCUGUGGACAGCAGUACCUUUCAGAGCCCUCUGUCUCUGCUCACCACCUCCCUCAGGGCUUUCCCACCCACAGGGAGAAGCACAAUCAGGGACAAGAGUGCUCCUGGGCCCUUCCCAGUGCUGGGGAGGCUGGAGUUCCACGCAAGGAGUCCAGGUGGCUGCUGAGGACCAACUCCCUUGCAGCAGCUCCUGGUGGCAGGCUGGGAAAGUCCCUGACACCCUGCUCCAUUGCAAUUCCCUAUUAUAUUCUGCAUCAGAAAGAAAGGAAAAAAAAAAAAAACUAUCAAAAACAAAUUUCAAUGCUUGUAGCAGAAUCCAGAUCCUCUCAUGUCAGAAGCCUUUAAUCCAGACCUAAAUUUGCAUAGACCCAGAUGUUGGGAUGCCUGACAGUUGCUUAUUCCCAUGAACCAAGACUGUGUCAGAGAGUCACUGAUGGAUCUCAAUGCUGGCACAGACAGAAGACACACCUUUGCUUUUGGUUUUGCCAAAUUUUUCCUUUCUACCAGUGCAGUACUGGCUUCUUGUGGAGGGCAGGCUUUUGUUCUGUACCUUCCAGCAGCUCUGUACAUGAGCUUCUCUGCUCUCUGCCCUGCUGCAGCUUGCCUGUCAGUCAAGCAGAGGCAGGAGAGACUAGCACUAGCCUUAGUGUUUUUGUUUUAAUAGGAAGUUGAUGCCCAGCCUGUAGAGGUGAUUCAUGUGGGUGUUCUGGAUGCUGAGAGGUCCAAGAGUGAACUAUCCCAGCUUCACUUCCUGAAUCCUUAGUCCCAGCCCUUCUGUAAUAUAUUUCUGUUAUUUUUCUUUUCUUUUCUUUUCCACCAACUCUUGACUUAGUUCCAACUCAGUUUAGGUUCUGGAGUGGGUCUCUAGAGGAUUUCUGGGAUAAGUGAGCUCCUUAGAGGCCAGGAUAUCAGGUCCUCAGACUUCUUUAUUGCUAUCACUAUGGCUUGUGGAAGCAAUACGACUUGUUCUGCCUCCUAAUUGGCAUUUCCCUUUGCUUCCUGGCAAAGGUCAUGGUUUCUCCAUGACUUUUUGAGAAAGACAGGGCUCAAAGGAGAGGCCUUCAAACUGUCUCCCAGUGCCUGCGCCCAGGUCAGUAUGCAUCUUUUUGUUUCCAUGUGUCUUCUCCCAGCUGCCCCCUUUGCCAAAUGUGUGAGUCCUUUCUACACCAAAGCAAAGAAUGGCCUCAGGAGGGAGUAAAAAGUGUGCCACCUCUGGCUGAAGGGCAGCUGUGUUCAUGCCCUGUGCUGUGGACACUUGUGAUUCUCACAUCCUGCGAUUGGUCAAUCAGCCUUGGAAUGAAACUAUCUUGAAAGUUUGAAAAACAACCAAAGAAGGGAGUGAGGACUAUGACUGUGUGUCUCCUCUACCUGUCCGCCUCCCACCAUCCAAGAGACAGCAGAGAUGUGCAGAACCUCCUGUUAGCUCGGCCAGGUUGCUCUCCGUCCACUACAGUCCAGGAGCCAGUUUGUCUUGGGCUUCCACCAGGUUGACAGGAAGUCUGAACGCUGGAUAUGCAUGCCCUGCAGACAAAGGCAUCACUCCUCUGCCUGCCCUGUCCUGCCCUUUUCUUGACAGUCCUGUCUAGCCCACCUGGACUCUGGCUUGGAGAACUAUGUUUGAGAGAAUACCUGCCUCUUGACCACACAAGCCAUCAGGGGCUCACGUGUGUGUCGGUCUUCACAGACAUCUUCAAGUGAACCUAUUGGCAAGGCUCCCCAUCGAGGUGCUUAGGAGAGCCAGAGUUGCCUGAAGAGGAGCCUGGGCUUCACCAGCCUCAUGUGCACUGUCCUGCUCCAGACCAGCUCUGUGACCAGGAAGAAAUUGGGUCCAAUUAAGGGGGAGCCAAUCCUGGCAGGCAAGAGUACAGGGUGCCCUUUUCUGGCCGUUCUCCUUUUUCCCUUGAAACUUGUACUCAGAUUGCCUUGAAUGUGGACUUUGGGAGAGCCAGAGGCCCAGAGUGCCAGGGCAGGCUUCUGGGCAGCACUUCUGGAACAGCCGUCCUACCAGCCUUAGGCCUGUCCCCAUGUCAGGGAGUAGAGGCUGGGCUGAGUGCUGCUGCCCCCCAUCCAUCUUCUAAUGCACUGUAGGAAUUGUAUGUAAUGUAUUUAAAUCAAUGCAAACGUAUGAAUAACAAACCUAGUUCUGAUCUUUUUGUCCAGUUUUCUUUGGGAGAAGGAAGAGUGCAGGGUUUUGUUUGUUUUGGCUUGGGGUUUUUUUGGUA